AUGAUCAAUGUUAGCUGUGAUCAACAGAAUUUAGGGAAGGGGAAAAAUAGUCCCCCAAAGUUCAUUUUGGAUAUUGUCGAUAUCCUUAGGAACAAUAGGGAGGAUUUGGAGUCUGAGUUAAAUACAAUGUCUUCUAAAUUGUCUUCUCACUCAAUUGCUGAAGUGUUUAAGGUUCUAAAUGAACGGGGUAUAUCUGGGUUGAGGUUCUUCAAGUGGAUUUGGGGGAACAAUCAUAGGUUGCGCAGGAAUGCAAUUGUGUGUAGUUUGAUUAUUGAUAAUGUGGGAAGAUCGAAUGAUUAUGAAACCAUGUUUGUAUUGUUGAAGGCAUUCACGUAUGAAAAGAUCUGUCUUACUUAUUCAGCCUUUUUAUUCUUACCCAUUCUGGCCUCCGAAAAUUCUUCUUUAAACGAACCAACUCAAAAAGUGGUUGAUUUGUUAAACAAAGUUGGGGGAUCGUGUCGAAAUUCGGGUGUUCAUGCACUGAUCGAGAUGUUCUGUAAUUUGUGCUUGUUUGAGAUGGCCAGAUACGUAAUCAAGGUUACAGAGAGUAAAAAAUCAUACUAUUGCCUUUUGAUUCGUGCAAAGUGCAAAAAUGGGCUUUUAGAAGACGCGUAUAGCAUAAUAAGGGAGAUGCAAGAGACUCAUUGUAUGCCUGAUACCACCAUUUAUAACUACCCCAUCGGCAGUUUAUGGAAGAGUGGGAAAAUGGAUGUUGCUUUUGCGUUGCUUAACAAAAUGAAAACAAUCGGUGUACAUCCGGAUGCAAUCACCUUUGAAAUUCUUAUAAAUUUUGUUUGUAGUUUGGGCAUGAUGGAUGAUGUGCACGAGCUGCUCGAUCAAAUGGCGUCUCAAGGACUUGAGCCUCGCCCAACAACUCAUGCUCGUGUUAUCAAGACUUUGUUUGCAGCAGAAAAAUAUGAGGCGGCACACAAGUAUGUUGUUAAUCCGAGUUGUAAAACCUGUAGCAAUAUGAUGUACAGCCUACUGGCAAACCUCUACCGGGAGAAAGGUGAUGUUUUGAGUGCCAGGGACCUCCUUGUUGAGAUGAUGGACAUGUGUCUGAAGCCGAAUUUUAGCGUUUAUGUAAAAAUCGUGAAGCAGCUUCGGAAGAUUGGAAAGAGAAAUCUUGCAAGGGAUUUGCAAGACAGACACUCCAAAUUUGUUGUCAGGUCCCGGGCCUGA